AUGUGCGGUGGCGGAUUGCUUAUUACGGGCCGGAGCUUUCUCUGGUUCGUGGUGACGCUGAUCGCGUGCAUGACGUUGUUCGGAGCGAUCGUUCUGCCGAAAUGGCUCAUAGGGCCCGAGGUGAUACAGAUCCCCAACGAGGAAGGCAACUUUACCGUUUACCGUCACCCCUCGGUUGGAAUUUAUAACAGAUGCAAGCGCAUGGGCCGCUCGGAGUAUAACUGCGGUAACUUCGACUUGAACGGGCUGAUGACGGACCCAAGCGUGUUUCCAGUUCCGUGGAAGAUCACAAUGUUCCUGAUGUGCGUCGGAACGAUCCUGCUGGGGCUCACGUUGGUUUGCAUGCUCGUGACCUGCUGCCGUCUGCAUUCGUUCUUCGGCUUUAGCAUGCACAAGCUGCUGUGCAUCUUCCAGGGCAUCUCGGCCAUGAUGGUGAUGUGCGGCUACCUGAUCUACCCGCUCGCCUGGGACGUCCCACGGGUGCGAACUCUCUGCGGACCUGACGCGGAACCAUAUUCGCCUGCCGACUGCGCGCUGGGUGUAUCGAUCUACCUUGGGGCCGUCGGCGUGGUGCUCGUGUUCCUGUCCACCGUUUUGAGCCUGAAGGCAGAGACAGCGUACUACGGUGCUAAAGCGCAGCGCCGCGUCGAAGACGGCCAGGUGCUGGUGUGCGUGAUGUAGUUCCGCGGGCGGAAGUCCUACUCAAUACCGAAUCUCUCUAUCAACCGGAACGCAGCUCGUAUCGCAGUGAUUGCGCGAUACCGUUAGUGAGUAAGACAUGAGACGCUGAAUUGAGGAAGCAGCGUUCAAGGAUGCUGGGUUUCCGUCACCAGCAUGGAUCCAAUCGCCCGCGUGGGAUCCGAUUCGUGUUCCGAUAUACCCACAUUUUUGUCACGUUUUGGCUACAGCCCAAAUUACAAACCAAAGCCAAACAGGAACAGAUAA